AUGUCCUUGGUAUAUUGGGUCGUUGGUGCGAUCAUUGCUGGUGCAGGUUUUGCAGUAUACGCCGAAUUCGCAACUGCAAUACCGCGUAAUGGUGGAGAGUUGAAUUACUUGCAGCAUGCGUACCGGAAACCGAAAUACUUAGUCAGCAUCAUGUACGGUGCUCAGGCACUUCUUCUUGGUCAAGCCGCUGGGAACGCAUACACGGCUGGCCGAUACUUUAUUCGCGCAGGUGGUGGCCUGUCCAACGAAUGGGGCUCCCGUGGUAUCGGUGUGGUCGUGAUAGUCUCGGCAUUGGUCAUCCACAGCGCCUUCUUGAAGUGGGGUCUCCGCUUCCUCAACAUCGUCGGCACGUUCAAGAUCGCUAUCCUGCUUCUGAUCGCUUUCGCCGGCUUCGCCGCGUUGGGCGGCCACACGAUCGGCCCCGCGCCUCAUAACUUCGCCAAUGCUUUCGAAGGUACCCGUGGAGAUAUCUUUGGGGUGUCAGCCUGCAUCUACAACGCUGGCUGGAGCUACGUCGGAUACUCGAACGCGUUCUACGCCAUGGGCGAGAUUCGCAAUCCACGGCGCACGAUCAAGAUCGCCGGUCCGCUCGCGCUGGGCACGAUUACCGUCAUUUAUAUGCUCGUCCAGAUCGCCUACUUUGCCGCCGUACCGAGAGAAGAGAUUCUCGGUAGCGAGCAGAUUAUCGCUGCUCUUUUCUUCAAGCACAUGUUCGGAGAGUCGUCUGCGCGUGCUCUUUCUGUGUUCGUCGCUCUCUCCGCCACGGCCAACGUCUUCUCUGUCAUCUUCGCGCAGGGCAGAUUGAACCAAGCGCUCGGUCGUGAGGGUAUCGUCCCGUUCUCCAAGAUCCUGGCCUCAAAUCGUCCCUUCAAGUCGCCUCUCGCUGGCCUCUCAUGGCACUCGAUGAUGACCCUCAUCAUCCUCCUUGCUCCACCUGCAGGCGACGCGUAUAACUUUGUGCUCAACCUGUCUAGUUACCCGCUCAACAUCGUUAAUGCCGCCGUGGGUAUCGCCCUUGUCACGGCAUACUUACCCGUGAAGCUGCGGCCAGAGUGGGCACGGGACUGGUCGCCUCCAUUCCGCGCCAGCUCUCCUGUGGCAGUCUUCUUCACCCUCGCCUCGCUCUUUCUCGUGAUCACCCCAUGGAUCCCGCCAAAGAAGGCGGCUGAUGCUGUCUAUGAGCACAUGUGGUACGGCAUGGCUCCCGCCGUCACCUUCGGCAUCUUCGCUGGCGGUGCGCUCUACUGGCUCUGCUGGGCUAAGGUCCUACCCCACGUUGGGCAGUACGCGCUGGUUCCGACGACGGUCGAGAUGCAGGAUGGAACCAUCGCAACGGUCUUCAAAAAGGAGUCGCUUCAUUCAUAAUCUGAACAGUAGUCUAGCAUGAAAGCCACCGAGCUUACUGCGUUUCUCCUUGUU